AAAGUUCCCUGUAUAUUUAGGGGUUCUGUUCAUUUCGGCUCUCGGAUCAAAACAUGGCGGACAUCCACGUCGUUGGAGUGGUGGGCAGCGGCCAAAUGGGCUCUGGAAUCGCUCAACUCGCCGCCGUUCAUGGCCUACGCGUUUGGCUCCUCGACACCGACCCAAGCGCUCUCUCCAGGGCGACCAACUCCAUCUCUAGUUCCAUUAACCGAUUAGUAUCCAAGGGUCACCUGACUCAGGAUGUAGGUGUGGAAGCCUUGCAACGUUUGCAGUGUACAUCAAAUAUGGAAGACCUUUCUGCGGCAGAUAUUGUUAUUGAAGCUAUUGUGGAAUCUGAAGAUGUGAAAAAGAAGUUAUUUAAGGACCUAGAUAAAAUUACAAAGCGUUCUGCUAUUUUGGCUUCUAAUACAAGUUCCAUCUCUAUUACUCGUCUAGCAUCAGCAACUACAAGACCAUGCCAGGUAAUUGGCAUGCAUUUUAUGAAUCCUCCUCCUAUCAUGAAGCUAGUUGAGAUUGUGCGAGGUGCUGACACAUCAGAUGAGACGUUUAACGUAACAAAAGCCUUGGCAGAGAGGUUUGGUAAGAAAGUGAUAUGCUCUCAGGAUUACUCAGGUUUUAUUGUGAACAGGAUUCUAAUGCCAAUGAUCAACGAAGCGUUUUUUACACUGUAUACGGGUGUAGCAACUAAGGAGGACAUCGAUACAGGAAUGAAGCUAGGAACAAAUCAUCCAAUGGGUCCUUUGGAGCUUGCAGAUUUCAUCGGAUUGGACAUAUGCUUAUCGAUCAUGAGAGUUCUUCAUGCUGGUCUGGGUGACAAUAAAUACGCCCCAUGUCCUCUUCUGGUCCAGUAUGUUGAUGCUGGUCGCCUUGGAAGGAAACGCGGUAUUGGGGUUUACAACUAUGCUAAAGCCACUGAACUGGUAAAGUCAUCGUCGUCUAAACUUUGAAGCCCGGUCAUCUUCUAGUUAUUAUGAUCAGCCUCACAUAAGUGAAACUUACUUUACAUUUUCAAUCAGAAACUAGGGUGUUUGAUCUGUUUAUCUAUCUUGAAUAAGAUUGAACUUUCUUUAAUCUAGAACUACAAAUAAUGUUUAGGCCAGUGACUCCAGCUACAUUAUACAUUUACUCCCUUUGUGGCUAAUGUAUACUUGGUAAAUUUCAGUGUAAAUAAUAGAAAGUCACUUGUAUGUUGACCUUGUUA